AUGGCGGCCAUAAGAGCCUCUUCCACCAUGCCGGCUCCCAAAGCCAGCACAUCAUCAGAAGCAGCUCCCUGCUCGGUCCCUUUCAAAUCACGCAAGACCGCCUCUUGCUCCUCGGCCGAUUAUUCUCGCCAAUCCUAUUCACCCUGGCUCCUCAUCGACAUAGACGACACCUCAUUCCCCUUCAUCCGAACCCUUCAUACACACCCAGAGGCUCCUCUAGCCAGCGGCUCAACCUCACCAGCAGCAUGUAGCACAGAAAAGCUCACUGAAUCAACCAACACCACCGCCUCAAAACCUUCGGUCAAGUCCCAAGCGAUCAAGUACGAGAAUGGUCUCAUCGACCCACCGUCAGAAGCAAAUGCAGCGCCGCGAGCAGCGGAGAAGGAUAGGCGAAUGUCACUCUCCCACCACCCUGCACGAGGCGCAAGUACGGCGAGGAGAGGGUUCAUGUCAAGGUUGAGAGGCGCAGGUGGAAGCGUCAGUGGAGCUAGCGUGUUUAGUUCACCUAAUCCUGCGGCGAAUGGAGCUCAAAUGUCGUCUUCGGGUAGCUGGAAUAUGGUCGAUCCACCAACGCCUAUCAAGGAGCAUCCAACGCCGGCAGCGGUCAGUGGAGCGAUGACAGUACAUCUCGCGUUCACUUCUUCAGCCACAAAGGCAGCGAUAGAGAAUGCAGAAGGGCUCGUGGCUAGAGCUGCAUCCUCAACGCUUCUCUCCGCACCAGCAGCUCAAACAGAUCAGCUCAGGCAGGAGUUUCACCGCGACCGGCUUGAGCCCCCAGCCCUAGCUGAGCUAGUAAAUCGCGUCAAGCCAGAAGCCAUCUUCAUCGGCACAGCACACACCGGUUCAAUACAGCCCCACAUCGAAGCUCUACUCUCCCCACCCUCUUCCUCACUGAAAACGAUCUUGCUCGACCCAGUUCUCGUACGAACUCUCACUCCAGCCUCAGCGAGUACGUUGCACGAUCUCGCACGAUCAAAGCAGAUCACAACUUCGCUUCCCAUUCGUUGGUCUUCACUCUGGACACCUAACGUGGAGGAAACGCUGUUUGGGCUGGAGCUGCUGCAUGAAGUUCAGCAAGAACAAAGUCAAUCGCUGGCGAAUGGGAACGGAGAUGCGAACGCUGAUGGGAAUGUGGAAAAGAGCUUUGAUGUUAGUAUGUCGAAUAUUCCCACUGGGUUGUCGGAUAAGAAUCUGGUAGAGCUGGGCAGGAUGAAGGGCGAGGUGGAGGUGGAGAGGUUCAAGCGAGAGCUCGCAGCAAGAGAUGCGAGGAUAGCUGGGCUUGCGAAGCAAGUUGAGGAUCAGCGAACGGCUGCUGUAGCUGCGAAACAAGUAGUUGACCCAAGGACACCAGAUCGUGCUCGAGCAGCACCGACACUAGAACCAAUAGCCUCAUCAGUAGUUGAAACACCCGUCGCACCCGCACCCGCACCCGCACCCGCAUCAUCAGUAUCAGACGCACUCUCAAUCCCAACCACAGCCCAACCAUUGGCUUCUCUCUCCCAGCAGCAACGAUCCAACACCGCUACUCCAGCCGCAACACUUGCACCAACAAGAACGAUAACCACAACUGCCAAAGCCAGCCUUGGCUCGGGACUUGCACUUUCUCCCGCCUCCCAGACCCGCUCUCCCUCUGGAACAGGAAAAGUACUUUCCCACCUCACAACCGAACUUGAGCUGGUGAAAACUCAACUCUCUUCCACUCUUUCCUCCCUCACUCUUGCCCGAUCGCAAGGUGCACAAUUUCAAGCACAAGCGGAAGAAAUGCGUUGCACGCUAUCCCGUGCACGACUGGAGAAUGAUUCUUCUAUCACCAUCCUCGCCCGCAAAGACCGUCAAAUAUCUGAAGCACUCGAGCGCGCACGAAAAGCAGAAUCCGAAGCCAAGGAACUAGGACGAGCAUCACGAGAGUGGGGAACACGAGUUCGCGAGGUAGAAGAAGAAUUAGGAAAGGAAAGAAUUAAAAGAAUGAGGGCCGAACAAAGUUAUGAAGCACUAAGUUCCGAGUGGAAGGGUGCUAGGGAUCGAUUAGUAGGCGAGGUGCGAGAAUUGAAAGAGCAACAUGUGAAGAGUGUUACUCAACUUUCUAAAGAGUAUGAGAAGGUUCUUAUUUUCAAGGAUCGAUUGAAAGAAGAGUUCGGAUAUACAAAAGGCAACCAUGCAUCAGGAUCAAGCAAAAUGAUCGAGGAAAUCAAAGGGUUGAAUGCAAAGAUGCAAGCUUAUCUCAACCAACAGUUGCAACCAUUACUGGAGAGACAAAAGGCGUUGGAGAAGAGAGAAAGUCAAGAGAUAGUGGAGAGGUUAAAGUAUCUAACUGAUGAGUUGACGAGGUAUAAGACAUUGAUGCGAAGCGGAGACGUUACUGAUGAGAGUCAAGUUCCUCCAUUGAAGGAGGAAUGA